CAGUGGUGCUGUCUGCAUCUGGGGGUUUUCAGUUCCCCCUUUUAUGUUUGAUUCUAAAUCUGGCUUCUGGUGCAGCCUGGGAUAAAUAUGAACCCAAGAAAUUGGAGGGACGCUCGCCAGCGCCCCCUUCUGUGAGAGGCCCUUAAACUCACCCACUUUCCUGUCCGCUCCCAGGCUGGUGUUUGUCCAUCUGGCGCGUCUUCAGGCCCCUCGCUGCUCCGGAGCCGCCCGUUGAGCUCCGGCCCGAGACACCAUGGUGGUGUCGGGGGCCUGGCCCCAGCCGAAAAUCCUGGCUACGCUCCUGCUUCUCCUGGUAGCUGCAGCCUGUGCAGAGAUGCCACCCGAAUGGAAGAGGAAAACCCGCUCAGCCAGCCAUGAGAAAAGCCAGCACAUCGAGACUGGCCCAGAAACUACCUGGCCUUCCACCAAAUUAGCUGGCAACAGCCCCAGCCCCUCCGCCGAAUUAGCCGGCAACAGCCCCGGCCCCUCUGCCGAAUUAGCCAUGCAUCCACCCACCGCGGCACAGCAGAUACCCACCACCACCCCGACGCUGGCAAAGGAGGAGCCAGUUGGCUCGGGGUCUCCAUCUGCCCUUCCCACUAUGGAGGCCGCUGUGUCAUCUGGCCCAGCCAGGGCGACGGCAGAGGGUGGAGAAAAGCCCGUCUUGGAUCUGAAGCGGGAGGGACUGAAGGGGCAAGUGGGCACGGUACCAGGGAGCCCAGGUCCGGGGCAGGAGAACCAGACAGUGCCAGGCAGGAGCGGGCAGAGCAAGAGCGCCCCCACGGAGCCCACCAAGGCAGAGGGUGCCGAUUGGACUGGACACAACCGGACCGAGCCAGCCAGCACUGAAAGGACCAUGCCAGCCAGCGCCGAUUGGACCGGACACAACCGGACCGAGCCAGCCAGCACCGACAGGACCGUGCCAGCCAGCACCGAUUGGACCGGACGCAACCGGACCGAGUCAGCCAGCGCCGACCGGACCGUGCCAGCCAGCACCAAUCGGACAGGACACCCCGGGAAGGACCAGACCACCCCCAAACUCUCACCCUCUGCCCAACCCCCCAUCCCGCCUGUCAAGAAACAGACGCCCAACCCUGAGGCCUUGUUUACGAUGCCAGGCACCUCGGGCUCCAGCCCCGCCCCCAUCACCCACUCGCUGCCCGUGGGCAUCAUCGUGGUGCUCGUCGUUGUCGCCCUCCUGAUGCUGGUCCUGCUCCUCGUGGUGCUGCACUGUCGGCACCAGCGUCGCUCCGGCUCCACCAGCUUCAGCGCCGGGCAGGCAAGGCACAGCGAGUGGGCGGGGCCGGUGAGCCUGCCGGAGGAGCGGGGCGAGGGGCAGGCCGGGGACGGGGGGCAGCAGGCCAGGCCGGGCGAAGCCAGGCGGCCCACACUCACCACUUUUUUCGGGAAGCGCCAUUCCCGGGUGUCCUCGGUGGCCAUGGAGGACAUGGCCGUGGCGAAGGGCGAGGGGCCCCUUUCGGAGCCCCUGCUGGCCACGGGGGAGCAGGGGAGCGAGCCUGCUCCACAGGGGGCAGGGGAAGCCAAUGGGACAGUGCCCUUGAUGCCCAGACCCCCCUCGCCCCCCCCGGACCUCCCUGCCAAUGGGGAAUUCCCCCUGCCCCCCCCCAUGGAGCAGGAAGCCAUGCCCCCUAUGUAAGCCCCACCCCCAAUCGCCUGCCUCACCCAUGGUGCCCCCACUGGGUGAGGCCGGGGCUGGAGUAGCCAGGAACUCCCCGCACAGUCAGCAUCCCCCCCUCCUCCCCACAGCGCCCCCUGCUGGGCGAGGCCGGGCUGGAAUAGCCGGGAGCUCCCCCCACAGCCAGCAUCCCCCCCCUCCUCCCCACGCGCCCCCUGUUGGGCGAGGCCGGGCUGGAAUAGCCGGGAGCUCCCCCCACAGCCAGCAUCCCCCCCCUCCCCACAGCGCCCCCUGCUGGGCGAGGCCGGGCUGGAAUAGCCGGGAGCUCCCCCCACAGCCAGCAUCCCCCCCCUCCUCCCCACGCGCCCCCUGCUGGGCGAGGCCGGGCUGGAAUAGCCAGGAGCUCCCCCCACAGCCAGCAUCCCCCCCCUCCUCCCCACGCGCCCCCUGCUGGGCGAGGCCGGGCUGGAAUAGCCGGGAGCUCCCCCCACAGCCAGCAUCCCCCCCCUCCUCCCCACGCGCCCCCUGUUGGGCGAGGCCGGGCUGAAAUAGCCGGGAGCUCCCCCCACAGCCAGCCCCCCCCUCCUCCCCACAGCGCCCCCUGCUGGGCGAGGCCGGGCUGAAAUAGCCGGGAGCUCCCCC